UGUGGUUUCCAUGAGCUCAUACUGAGAUCAGUUCACGCAAAUGAUGUGGAACGAACUGAAUUCAGCUCGCGCGCUUGAGUUUGAUUGACAGGAGAUAGAGACUCCAUGGACACACAGAGACAGAAACGUCAACAAACUCGGCGGUCAUGAGUAUUACUCAGUCGGAUGAUUCCGGAUCUCUGGCUCGGAGGGUUCGUACAUUUCCGCCGGAGAGAGAAGUGUUUCACGCGGCCGCGUGCGGAGCGCGAGAGUGGUUGAGUUUGGUAUUGAAGACAGCGCGCAAACCACUGCGCACCGACAAACACGGUCUCAGUGUGUUUCAUAUAGCAGCUCUACAUGGACACUUGGACUGUAUGGAGCUGCUGCUGGAGGCCGGCGGGAUUGUGGAUGUGAAUGGCAGUUGUCCUGAUGGACGCAGACCUGUACAUAUGGUGCUGAGUGCUCAGAGCCGACCCAACACACACGCCUGCCUCAUUUACCUGCUGGAACAUGGAGCCCAGAUCGAUGUCUCCACAGAAGAAGGACUGACUCCACUGCAUCUGGCCGCUGCUGAAGGCCUGACAGACUGUACAAAGACGCUAGUGAGAAAUGGGGCAGACAUACACGCUCAAGACAAGAGGGGUCACACGCCUCUCGACCUCGCUAGGAUCUGGGGCCACAGGCUCACUGCCAGGUUUCUGAAAGAUGCCAUUUGGCAAAAAGACAAACAGCAGGAGAUCAGGAAAAACAAACAGCUCCAUGAUCUCAUGCAGUUCCAGUGUUGCAGUGUGCUGGAUCUGCCUCGCUUGGGUCGCUCCGUAAAACCAGACGCCUCGCCUUGGACUGAGGUGGCCAUGCACCUGGCCGAGGAGCUGAAGCCAGGACACUAUUAGACACAUUACACACUCAGACAAAAAGGUACAAAAGCCGUCACUGGGGUGGUACCUUAACAAAAGGCACUAAAAUGUAAUUUUAAUAUAUUAAUACACACUCUUUAGGGGUAAAUAAGGUACAAAGGUGCACCCCAGUAACAACUUUUGUACCUUUUUUUCAGAAAGCGUAUCAUCUAUAGACACCAAAGUCAUAUUUUGAAUAGUCUCACAAAUUUCUGGUCGACAAUAGAAAGUCUGGACUCCAUCGCAGCUUUCAUUGGCCAAGAACUGUCUGACUGACAUGUAAAGCAGUUAGUCACAGUUUGUUUUGUUCAGCGUCAUCUUUAGGGUUGUGAAAAUGUAAAAUCUCCAUCCCUGCAAUAAAAGACCCAUGUGCAACCUAAAAAUAAUUCAUUCAACAUAAUCUUCAUUCAUUUUUGAAAAGAAAUCAAUCAUUUUUGUGACAUUUAUAAUUUCUAUUUCAAGAUUUCAUAUUUCUGAAGGAUCAUGU